CUCAUCUCUGAUACAAAUAGAUUUCAUUGUUAUUGUGACGAAUAUUUGUUUUUUAUUUUUCUAAUUUUCUUUAAUAAAUUUUUCAAAAUGACACUCGAUUUAGAUGCUUCCAAGAAGGAUGAUAAACUUUUACUUACAACGGUACAACAGGAGUACAAGAUCCUGGCAGAAUAUAAAAUGAUUGAAUCAGAAAAAAUAGGAGGCGUCUAUGUUAUACCAAGCUAUGCCAACUCUUUACAGUGGUUUGGAGUAUUCUUUGGUCGUAAGGACUUCUAUUCUGAAGGUGUAUUCCGAUUUACUCUGCUCCUACCCGAUCGCUUUCCUGAUGAUAAAACUCUUCCAAGCAUUAUUUUUCAGCAGAAGAUUUUUCAUCCGCUGAUCUGCCCAUAUACACAUAGCCUUGACAUAAGUCAUGCUUUUCCCGAAUGGCGAUGUGGGGAUGAUCAUUUAUGGCAACUCUUGAAAUACAUGCAAGCUGUAUUUUCCGAUCCCCUGGAGAGCAUUCGUCAUGUGGAAAUGGACAAAUUAAAAAACUCCGAGGCUGCUGACUUAUUAAUUAAUAAUCGGGAAGAAUUUGCCAAUCGAACCCGUGAAAAUAUUAGAGAAAGUCUCGCUCAUAUCUAUGAUACUCCCAUAACAGAGGAUCCGCAUUAUAUAACAUUUGAAAAGUUUCAAUCCGAGGUGCACGGACCGGUACUGGAAGGCAUUAAAGCGGGCCAAAGCAAACACCUAGAGAGUCAAUCACAACAGAGCAAUAACGGUGGUAAUGGAGGAGGUGGAGGUGCGGCCACUGGCUUAUCAUGGGUCAAGGAAGGCGAGUUCAAGCCUCUAAGUGUUGAAUGAAAUUGUUACUCAUUUAAUUCGUCGUUUAUAGUUAUAAUCAUAUUAAAAUUUAUUUUACAAA